AUCCCCACGACUCUCCAACUCAGGGGCUCCGAGCUUUUGCACGCGAGUGGAGCUGGCCGUAGGCAGACAACCUCUGUUCGCAUCCCUGCGAUGGGAAGCACGGCCAUGGACGCCAAGAAGAAGGAUGCCUCGUCUGCUAAGAAGAAGGACGCUGGCCAGAAGCGACGCAUGUUGCGCGUUCACAUCCCCGAUCUCAGUUCCUUUGCCAUGCCUUUCCUGGAUGGGGAUAUGGAUGGAUCUGAGAAACAUGCUUCGCGAAAGACGGACGACAGCUACAAUUCAGGGAGCCCCUCGAAAGGAAUCUUCUCAAAGGGGUUCCAGAACCGACCUUCCAGUCCAUCUUCUGCUCCCGUCAAGUCUAAACAUAGUCCAGGCUCACCCAAAACAGUGUUCCCCUUCCCGUACCAGGAAUCACCUCCUCGCUCCCCUCGACGCAUGAGCUUUAGUGGCAUUUUCAGGUCGUCUUCAAAAGACUCUUCCUCCUCUGGCUCUAACCCUUCCACCUCCCCCGGAGGAAUCAAGUUCUUCUCCAGAUCAAGAAAAACUUCUGGGCUUUCCUCUUCACCAUCAACUCCCACCCAGGGAGCCAAGCAGCCGGCAUUUCCGCUUGAAUGCUACAGACAGGAACCAGAGAGGCCGGAGACGCGGAUUCACCCACCCUCUUCUCCUCCAGAUACUGGCCAAAUGUUUAGCCUGCCUCCAGGGCAGGGUACUGCCAAGCCGCCCUCUCCAACACCUGUCUGUUGUGUUACCUCAAAAGGACUUGCGGCUGCAGCUCCACAGACUGCAGGGCCGCUUCAGUCCCCGGCCGCUUCCGAAGGGAUGCUGGAGAAACUGGAGCUCGAGGAUGAAGCUGUUGGUGAAUCAGAAAGUGAUAUCUACAUGCGAUUCAUGAAGUCACAUAAGUGUUAUGAUAUUGUUCCAACAAGUUCAAAGCUUGUGGUUUUUGACACUACACUACAGGUAAAGAAAGCUUUCUUUGCUUUAGUGGCAAAUGGUGUUCGAGCAGCUCCACUGUGGGAGAGUAAAAAACAAAGCUUUGUAGGAAUGUUAACUAUUACAGAUUUCAUUAAUAUACUGCAUAGAUACUACAAGUCUCCAAUGGUACAAAUCUAUGAACUAGAGGAGCACAAAAUUGAAACAUGGAGAGAGCUUUAUUUGCAAGAAACCUUUAAACCCUUAGUGAAUAUUUCACCAGAUGCAAGCCUUUUUGAUGCUGUAUAUUCACUGAUCAAAAACAAAAUCCACAGAUUACCAGUUAUUGAUCCUGUGAGUGGAAAUGCACUUUAUAUACUUACCCAUAAAAGAAUACUCAAGUUCCUCCAGCUUUUUGUGUCAGAAAUGCCAAAGCCUGCCUUCAUGAAGAAAAAUCUGGAUGAACUUGGAAUAGGAACUUACCAUAAUAUUGCCUUUAUACAUCCAGACACUCCUAUCAUUAAAGCCUUGAAUAUAUUUGUAGAUAGAAGGAUAUCAGCACUACCUGUUGUGGAUGAGUCAGGAAAAGUUGUAGAUAUUUAUUCCAAAUUUGAUGUUAUAAAUCUUGCUGCUGAAAAAACUUAUAAUAACUUAGAUAUCACAGUGACACAAGCUCUCCAACAUCGCUCUCAGUAUUUUGAAGGUGUUGUGAAAUGUAAUAAGCUGGAAACGCUGGAAACAAUUGUGGAUCGGAUAGUUAAAGCUGAGGUUCAUCGGUUGGUGGUUGUGAAUGAAACUGAUACUAUUGUUGGUAUCAUCUCCCUCUCUGACAUCCUCCAAGCAUUAGUGCUUACGCCAACAGGCGCCCGGCAAAAGGAGAGUGGAACUGAAUGACUGCUUUGAACAGAACUACCUUGGAAAGAAGAAUUCAAAUAAAGUGGCUGGGUCAUCUUUGCCUCAAGAACAUUGAUGGCAGUAGAGAAGAGUCAAGUGAUGAUGAGAAUGUGUGUGUAUUAGGCUAAGUGAUGGAUAGUCUAUUAUUUCCCAGUGACUGUCGCAAAACAAGCAGCAUGACAAAAAGCUUCUGUAUUCAAUGCAGGCUUGCAUUUCAACAUGUUUGCCAAAAGAUUUCACCUGAUAUCCAUCUCAAAUGCACUGGAAAAGAAUAGCAUUUAAUGUUAUGUUUUAAUCUGAUGCAAGUCACUGGUCAGCAACAGAGAUCUCCGACAUAAGGCAAGUGUAUGGCAUAUUCAUAUCAGAGUGCCUUAUGUCAAAAAGCCAACAAUAUGUCAUCACUGUUGCCCAUAGUAAAAGAACGUGUGAAACAAGACACUAUUUGAACAUUCAAGUCGCUAAGCCUAAAACCAAAUCAAUUUCAGUUAUCGUUAGAUUUGUUCUAAAAGCUGUAAUUUAAAUACCAGUAGAUUAUUUUAAACUUUAAUUACAACUGUGUGUUUCUAAAUGUUACAUUCUGAACAGAGAUCGUAAAACAAAACUGAUUAAAAGCAGCUUUAUUUAUUUUUAUUUCUGCAAUUUUUACACAUCUUUGGUGGAUAGUUAAAACUUCACCAUAUUCAUUAAUAAAGCAUUGAUUCAUAUAUAAGAAGCAA